AUGAUGAGUUUCAUUGCUAAAGCUUUCGGAAAUUCGAUGUUUGUCCAGUAUUAUAUGGAUAAAUAUGCGCAGAAGCAAGAGCGCUUAAAAAUUGGGCAAAAGAGGAGACUCACUAUGAGUCUUAAGUGUCGAGAAUUUGCAGGAGAUGCUGUAUCCAUUGCAAUGGGCAUUAAUCAGUCUUCGAACUAUACAAGUCAAGAUGAAGAGGAGCUUCUGAACAUUCAAUUAGAGAUCCACUCCAAAGGACAUUACAUCAGAGAUUGGCCCUGGCACCGAGUUGAAUUCUAUUGCAGAGGGUAUGUUGAAGGAAAUGCUCGGGGAAGAUCUCAUUUUUGA